AUGGAUGCGCCUACUCCUACUUAUACUUUUGAUAAUCGUGGUGUCCCUACUGAUCCUCAAGUUCUGAAAGUCUAUAACGGUUUGAGUAGGACCCAAAGAACCACGUACAAUACACUCGACGAUCAGGCGAAAAGCGCUUUCUUGUAUGGAAUUGCGGAAGAAAAGAAAAAACCGCGACAUUAUCUCAAUCUUCUUUAUGCUGUGAUCAACUUACUUUCCGUCAUCGGUUUUAAUAUUUGGAGCCACUAUCAAAGACGAGACAGUCUAAAAGAUUUUAUUAAAUGUUAUAACCUUGAACAAGAUUUUACUAAAUGCUGGAGUAACUAUAAGCCUGAACAAGACGUUAUCCUUUACCAAUUGUGCAUUCUCUUUGGAACUCACAUUGGGAUGGUAUUCAUAACAGCAAUAAUAGAAGGAUUGUUUAAUAAGUUUCAAGUGUUGUUCAUCAUCGUUCCAAUAAUUACUGGGAUAGGGUUGGCAAUAGCGGGAGGCCUAAUUUGGACGUUGGCAUCUACUGCGAUUUCUUUUGUAGAAGUUGGCAUAUUGUUUGCCGAGAGUGCCAUGUAUUAUUUUAGUGUAUACCAUCGAUAA